AUGGGCAGGAUUGUCUUCUACGAGGACAAGAACUUCCAGGGCCGCCGCUAUGAGUGUGACAGCGACUGCUCUGAUUUCCACGCUUACCUGAGCCGCUGCAACUCCAUCCGAGUGGAGAGUGGGGCCUGGGUGGUGUACGAGAGGCCCAACUACAUGGGAUACCAGUAUGUCCUGACCAGGGGGGAGUACCCAGAGUACCAGCGCUGGAUGGGCCUCAACGACCGCCUCAGCUCCUGCAAGAUGGUCCACUUUACCAGCGGGUCCCAGUACAAGAUGCAGCUGUAUGAGAAGGCAGACUUCGGGGGCCAGGCCUUUGAGGCCACGGAGGAUUGUCCCUCACUCCUGGAGAAGUUCCGUUGGAGGGAGGUCAACUCCUGUAAGGUCUUUGACGGCUGGUGGGUUUUCUACGAGCACCCCAACUACCGCGGGCGCCAGUACUUCCUGGAGAAGGGGGAAUACCGCAAGCCUGGCGACUGGGGCGCUGUCAGCCCUACAAUCCAGUCCUUCAGGCGCUUCACUGAAUGAUUUACCCUCCAUCCAAACAAGUCAAACAAACAGGCCUGCUA